UGUUUUGCUUCAACGGCGUUGACAGCUCGGGGCAAUAUGUUCGCACGUGUGAUGGCUGAGCAUUUAUUCUGCAAAAGGAGUCACGUCACGAUGGCCUCGGAUGACGUCGCUCAGCUGGCCGACGUGCUCUCCAAGAUCCACGUCGGGGAUGGAGAGUUGGGCUUCAGAGGCUCGGGUCUGAAGCUCGACGACGCAGAGUCGGUGGAGGAGCUGAUCCGCGAGAUGGAGCAGUACCCGGGCCUGAGAGCGCUGCGUCUGGAGGGGAACACCCUGGGAGUGGAUGCGGCCCGGGCCAUCGCCAAGGCUCUGGAGAACCAGGACCGGCUGCAGCGAUGCUACUGGAGCGACAUGUUCACCGGAAGGUUGCGCUCUGAAAUCCCGACGGCCCUGAGGUCACUGGGCAGUGCGUUGAUGAGUGCCGGCGCGAGGCUGACCGAUCUGGACCUGAGCGAUAACGCCUUCGGGCCCGACGGCGUGAAGGGGAUCGAGCAGCUGCUGAAGAGCCCGUCCUGCCACGCGCUGCAGCAGCUGAGGCUCAACAACUGCGGCAUGGGCGUCGACGGAGGGAAGAUCUUGGCUGAAGCUCUGAUUGAAGGCCACCGCCAGGCAUCGGCGUGCGGCGCUCCACUCAAACUGAGAGUGUUCAUCGCCGGGAGGAACCGCCUGGAGAACGAAGGAGCCAGCGCCCUGGCCAAGGCCUUCCAGCUGAUGGGCAGCCUGGAAGAAGUCCACAUGCCCCAGAACGGCAUCACCCACGCAGGUGUGGCGGCGUUGGCUGCAGCCCUGCAGCACAACCCGGAGCUCCGCGUCCUCAACUUCAACGACAACACCUUCACCAAGCGGGGCACGCUGGCCAUGGCGCGGGCUCUGAGGCACCUGAGGAACGUGCAGGUGAUCAACUUCGGGGACUGUCUGGUCCGCUCGGAGGGAGCCGUCGCCCUCGCCGCUGUCCUCCGAGAGGGACUGCCGGUCCUCAAGGAGCUCAAUCUGUCGUUUGGGGAGAUCACCGAGGCGGCGGCGCUGGUGGUCGCUCAGGCUGCGGCGGACAAACCGGACAUGGAGACAGUGGAUCUGAACGGUAACAGUUUGGGGGAGGAGGGCUGUGAGGCUUUGAGGGAAGCCAUGGAGAGCAUGAACAAGGGAAGCAUGCUGGCGUCGCUCAGCGACGACGAGGGCGAACCUGAAGACGAGGGCGAAGACGCCACCGAUGACGACGCCAGUGACGGCGGGAGUGAAGACGAUGAAGAGGACGGUGGCGUCGUGAAGGAGAAUGGUAGAACGAGAAAAGACGACAGUCCUGCGAAACCCCCGAGCCCAGCAGAGGUCACGACCUUCCUUAGCUGCCCCUCGGCAGAGAGGCUCCUUCAGCUGGGAGAGAUGAGGACGAGCCUGCAGCAGCAGGUGGACGCAGCCGACCCUCACAGGGCCGCCGACGUCCUUCUGAAAAUCGCUUCUCUGUACAGCGAGGACCCGGAGACCAAGGCGGCCGUCUUCGAAACCGUCGACGGCGUGUUGGAGAAGCUCCUCUCCGGCUCGGCUUAUGAGUCGUACCGCUUCCUCUCCUCGCUGCUGGUCAUGAUGGGACUCCUCAAGGGCGAGGGGAAGAUGAAAAAGGUGACACUGGUCCCAGGUCAGCUGUUGUGUUUGGAGCACGCCAUCCAGCAGGAGUACUUCCUCCAGCAACACGCCGCGCUGCUGCACACCUUCGUGUCCAAGAACAGCGGAGCUCUGGAGUCCUGCAGCAGUGCUAGUGAGCGGCUGAGCUCCACGCUGGAGAAGAAGUGCCAUGACCAACACUGAAAACACACGCACGCAUGCACGCACACACACACACACACACACACACACACACACACACACACACAGUACUGACUUUACGGUCUCCAGAAGCCUUAAAGAAGGGACUCAGACAGCCACUUAAUGUAUCUCCCUUCCUGACGUGUAUAUUUUAUGAAGGCAAACACUGCAGAAUGUCUUAAGUUUUAUUUUUCUACGAACGCUCGGGACAUUUUAAUUUUUUUAAAAUAGAGAUAGAACUAAUACACAAGGUAAAGUUUGGGUGAAUGUGUAAAAAUGGAACUGCUAGUAACCGGGAGCGCGGCUAACGUUUUCACUGUUUACAACUAAAUGUCUUAUUUCAGCCGCAGCCUGCAUAGCUGGCGGGAAUGCCCAGAUUUACAGAUUAUUGCAGGUUAUUACAGGUUAUUACAAGUUAUUACAGAUCUUAAUGUUUGGAUAUAAAAGUGGCAGAUAUUUAUAUUGUGAUAAAACAGCUUGAGAUGUUCUGUAUUUUUAAGAUGUCUGUGUAUAUAUAUAUAUAUAUAUCAGAUACUCAGAUGUGCUGCUGAGACAGGAAUGGGAAGGCCAGCUAUUCAUGUAACUCAUACUGAACAGAGACAUUUAUAUAAUCAAUUAAUCUAAAUAAAUUUGUGAAAGAUUA